AAAGAGGAAGAGCCCAGUUUACCCAAGUUGAGCGCUGCGGAAUUUAGAACGUAUAAUUCGAUGGCGGAGCAUAUGGAGUAUUUUCACAACCACUUCCGCCAAACCUGGCAAAUGCUCUACAACGCCUGCCUCAGCAACAAACGGCCCGCCAACCUCUCCCUAAAACAAUUCAUCUCCACCGGUCUCCAAUUCUGCUCGCACCUGUCCACGCAUCACGCGAUAGAAGAACAGCAUAUCUUCCCGCUCCUCGCGCAGAAGAUGCCCGAGUUCAAGGCCGGGCGCAACGCGGCGGAGUUACUGAGGCAGCAUAAGGAGAUUCAUAAGGGCAUGGAUGCGUUUGAGGAGUAUUUGGAGGGCUGUAGGAGUGGCGAGCAUGAGUUGAGUUUGAUCCAGAUGAAGGUGAAGAUGGAUAGUUGGGGGACGGUGCUUUGGUCGCAUUUGGAGCAGGAGGUUAAGACGCUGGGGGCGGAGAAUAUGAGGAAGUAUUGGACGAUCGAGGAGAUGCGGAGGAUGCCGAUGUAG